AUGGCUCUGGAUGGAGAGAUUGGAGCCUCUGGAGGAUCAGAAGAUGGUCUAUCUAUUACCCCUGGGGGCCCUGUGGAGAGUGGGGCCAGCCUGUACCCCACCACCCAAGACACAGUCAGGAGGCUCCCCGUGGUCACCACUGCUCCACCUCUGAAUGUCCCGAACCACCACCCGCUUUACAGGAACGCCCCCCAACACCAGGCCCUGCUCGGCCCUCAUGGUCAGCCCUACUACUUCGAGGACAGCGGAGGAUCCAGCUCUCAGCCUGGCUUCUCCACCCCUCCGUCCAGGACUCCACCAGAUGAUGGGGAUAAAAGGGCUUCAGAUGAAAGUGCUGAAAGCUCCAACAUGCAUACAACCCUUGUCAUGCACACAUUAGCGGCCACUUCUCACUCCAACACCCCCGUUCAAACCACCAGCACCACCACCACAGGCACAGAGGUAGCGAGGCGACGUCAGCCUGGACUCAAGCAGAAUGAUGAAGAGGAGACCACUACCACCACCAUCACAACCACCACCGUCAUCACCACCAUGCAGAGUCCAGUUCCCUGCCAGUUGAACCUAACCGGGCCAGAAGGUUACAUAGAGGCUCCACCACAGUCCAGCUCUGCUUUCCACUCCACUGUGGACUGCAGCUACAUCAUCACCGUCUACAUGGGCUACGGAGUGGAGGUCCAGGUGAUGAAUGUGAAUCUAUCUGAAGGAGACAAGGUGGUGUUUGAAGAUGUGGGACAUGGGGAGAACACCAUGCUGGCCAACGAGUCUAUUCUGAUGAGGGGGUUAGUAGUACGAAGCCAUAGCAACCAGAUCUCCAUCCACCUCCACAGCCAGAGGUCUCAGGCUGGAUCAGUCCUGCUGCGUUACCAAGCUUUCGUGUUGAGCUGUGUCUUUCCCCAGCGGCCUCUCUACGGUGAUGUAUCGGUAAGCAGUCUCCACUCUGGAGGGGAGGCUUUUUUCUCCUGUCUGACGGGCUACCAGCUGCAGGGACCCAGUGUGCUGAUCUGCCGCAAUGCUAGCACCCCCUACUGGAGUGGCAAGGAACCCCACUGCCUAGCUGCCUGUGGGGGUUUGAUGAGGAACGUUACCGUCGGUCGGAUCGUCUCUCCUGGUUUUCCUAGUAACUACAGCAACAACCUGACCUGCCACUGGCUGCUGGAGGCCCCCGAGGGCCACAGGCUGCACAUUCACUUUGAGAAGGUGGCUCUUGCUGAGGAUGAUGACCGGCUGCUAAUCAGGAACGGUAACAGCAUAGAUGCUGCCGCUCUGUAUGAUUCAUAUGAGGUGGAGUAUCUGCCUAAUGAAGGUCUACUCAGCACCUCCAAACAUCUCUUCAUUGAACUGACGACAGACGCUACAGGCACAUCCACAGGCAUGGCCAUCAGGUACCAAGCCUUUGCAGCAGGCCAUUGCUAUGAGCCCUUUGUGAAGUACGGUAACCUGACCAGUAGUGACAUCACGUGGGCGGUGGGAGCUGUGGUAGAGUUUGCCUGUGACCCUGGCUAUACUCUGGAACAAGGAUCUGUCACUAUUGAAUGCAUGGACCCCAACAAUCCACAGUGGAAUGAGACUGAGCCUGCCUGCAGAGCUGUGUGCAGUGGUGAGAUCACAGACUCAGCUGGAGUGGUACUAUCUCCUAACUGGCCUGAAGCAUAUGAUAAAGGCCAAGACUGUAUCUGGGGCAUCCACGUGGAGGAGGACAAGAGGAUCAUGCUGGACAUUCAAGUGUUGAACAUUGGGAAGAAUGACCUGUUGACCUUCUAUGACGGCGAUGACCUUACAGCCAAAGUACUGAGUCAGUACGGAGGAUCAAAGUCCCGCUUCAAGCUCUACACCUCCACCGCAGACGUCACCAUCCAGUUUCAGUCUGACCCUGCCACCAACGUCUACGGCUAUGGCAACGGCUUCAUUGUCCACUUUUUCGAAGUAGUUCGCAAUGACACAUGCCCUGAGCUUCCAGAAAUCACUAAUGGCUGGAAGAGCACAUCUCACCCUGAGCUGGUUCAGGGCACGGUGGUGACCUACCAGUGUUACCCAGGUUUCCAGGUGGUUGGUGCUGAGCUGCUCAUGUGUCAGUGGGACCUCACCUGGAGUGGAGACCUUCCAAGCUGUGAAAGAGUGGUGUCUUGUGCUGACCCUGGGAAGGUGGAGCACAGCAGACGGGUACUUUCAGGUCCCCAUUUCAAUGCAGGUUCAACCAUCCAGUACAUCUGCAACAAGGGUUUUGUACUGUCCGGGAACAGUCUGCUGACCUGCUACAACCGAGGAUCCUCAGGCCCCAAGUGGAACCAGAAGCUGCCCAGAUGCUUGCCUGAGACCUUCGAGCCCUGCAGUCACCCAGGAACCCCCACCUAUGGGAUACCCAACUCCAACAAGCUCCACUUCCAGGCUGGGGAGACCCUCCAUUACUCCUGCCUGACUGGCCACCAACUGCUAGGCGAGCCUGUUCUCCAUUGUGUCCCUGGACACCCAUCUCAGUGGAGUGGCCUGCCACCUGUCUGCAAAGGUCACACUGCAGAGACUGAUGAGCACAGAUUAGAUGCGUCUACAGCAGACCUCAGAAUUGAAGGGGCCCAAGUAGCAUUUGCUGUCUUCAUCCCCGUCAUCCUCCUCCUCAUCCUUGUCGUCGGGGUCUACCUCUACUUCUCUAAGGUUCAGAGAAAACCACUACGGCUCCCCCUCUCCUCUAAUUUACCCUAUGAAAACAUCACUGGAGAAUCUACGUUUGACAGCUCUGUGUAUGAGACAACGGAAACGAGAGAAUACGAGGUUUCAAUCUGAGGACACUAGUGUAUGUGUUUCAGUAUGGACAGAUAGAAAGCCUGCAGGCCUUUUCAACGUCCGUCGCAC